AAUUAUAACACCAGGCAGGGAGGUACUACUUGAACAAGCUGCCUGCCUCACUGCUGAAAACAUACCUGGUUGAAGUUACUGAAACUGUGCCCUCAGCCUCCCAACAUUAAUGAAAAGGCUAAUCUUCUCUAAGUCUCUUCUAACCUAGCAAUCUCUUAAGGGGCCGGAUCCAUGAUUAAAAAACAGAGGGAAAGCAGCUGUCUUUUUAUCCUCUCUUAAUUAUUCUUUGGUAGUUGAUAGGUGUUGAUUUCAGGGGAGUGUCAUGGUGAUGGAGGUUACAUUUCCCAAUGUUGUUGGGACUAAAUGUUCGGAGGGGGGUUAGUUGUUUGAGUGCUUCAGUUGGAGCUUUGGAGAUGGAAAGAGUGAGUCUUGUUCUCUGUGAUUUCAUCUGAUCAGGAAGGCCUGCCUUUUAUUUGGAAACCUACGCCUAAAGGCCAAAGAACAGCUAUCCAAUGUCAAGGCCAGGAAGGCCUCUUUAAUCCCCUUUUUUCAUUUUUUUGUAUUUUUUUUUUUUCUUUCUGCUAUAUCUCAGCAGCUGCUGACCAGGAGGGUUUUAAAAUGAAUUUAAUUAGGAAGCCAAAAAUAACACCUUGCUUUUACCUGCUGCAACGUGGUGAAUUAACUCUUGUAAGUGUUCUAGGAUUGCUCUUUCACUACUCUCCCCAGUCCUUGUUGCUUCAUUUGAAAAAUGAGUCACUACAUCCUUAUCAGUAAGUCCUGGGCAUGGCUGGAGACCGCGGGGUGUUGUACUUGAAUUUUAACUAGCAGAGGUUAGCUCUGACUGACUACGAGCCACAAGGUGUCUGAUCCUGCUUGAAAGUGCCCAGCUCUCCCAGCUGUGUUUCAGGGAAGGCUUACAACAUCACAGGUUUCAUUUGAACAUUUCCUGCUUCUUCUGAUCCCCUUACUGAUUUACUUGUUUAGUUAAACAAGAGACAAGUGCAAGAGGAGAUAUAGUCUUCUGUCCUUUGGCCCUGCUCUGUCUCACUUACAGUCGGUCACCCUCUGUGUUCCUCUGUAAGCAUGGCUACCUUUUCUUCAAAUGCCAGGUUCAGGGAGAUGUACCUUCCAGCCAAGAAAUAGCUCACCUAACAUCUGAGAAUGAGUUAUCCUUAGUGCUCUGGCAAUACCCACAUCUGAUGACUUUAAUCUGUUUGUGCCUCAGUUUCAACACCUGUAGACUUGGAAAACUUCAUCUUGCAAGAAGAUAGGAGGGAGAAGAGGUGUUUAGAUAUUACUCAAAGUUGUUUCUUAGUUGAACAGAGGGACAUAAGAUUAGAAGAUGUCUCUACUCCUAAAACAGGCUAAAUACACAGAGUAAAGAUGUCCACCUUUAGUAUUUUUUUUAAAUGAAAUGACAACAAUAAGCAAAUAACUUUGACUAUGAAUCUCUGUUUGGUUUUUCUCCUGCAGCCCUCUCCCAUGGCAGCUGUGUGAAACAGAGACAAUAUAUGAUGUGGGAAAGACUGAUGUGUGGGAUGGGAUUUAUAUGGGUUUGAAUGUGUAUUUUAAAGCAAAAUCUCAGGCCCAAGCACAUUCAGCUGAUCAUUUGCUUGCAUGCAUGCAAGCUUGUUACUUCUUUGGCUAAUUCUUCUUGGUUGGAAAGGUGUCCGUAGUGAGGUGUGCCUUCUGGCUGUGUUGCUACGUACAUGACCAAUGCUCCCAGUGUGAACUCUUGCAGCUGUAACAUCCUUCCCCAUGCUGAAAAUAGCAAUUGGGCUCUUCCCACUAGAUGACCACAUUUUGGAAAAUGUUGUGGUCGCAGGCAUCUUGAAUUAAAGUAACGUAGUUAUAAAGUUAAAAUUCAUAUUGUAUGAAAAUUAGGUAUUUUAAGAGAUUAGGUUUGUGGUUUUUUUUCCUCUGGGAGACAAGACUUUCAAGUGUCAUGCAUCUUAUGUGAGUGGUAACAGUAAGCGCCCAAGUGUAACUAGCUUUUUGUAUCUGAAAGUGCAUUUUAUUAGGGCUUGGGAUGGAAAUUUUAGCAUGACACUCCAAAGCAAAUGCCUUUGUGCUUCUCCCUUAGGGACAUUAGUUGUAAGAAAUGCAUUCUUAUUGAUAAAAAAUUUGCUUCCCAGCUCAUUACUGGAUUGAGUCUGUUAUUCAUUCCUUCCAUAUAUCCUUCCUCCUCUUUGUCCCAGGUGUGCUUUGGGCAAGCAAUGCACUCAGGACGUGGCCUCCCUUUCUUUGCUUUGUGGCUGCCUCCAUUUCCAAUGCAUCUUUGCUGAGCAUAUCCUUUACCUCUAGCAAUUCACCAGUGUCUGCUGGUGAGACAGUGUUUCUCUUCUUCCUCAUUUUGGAACCCUUCCACCAAUGUGAACAGUUGUCGCUUUGUGCAUGCUUUUGAUUUCCUUUAAACUGUAAGCAUCUUGAGGAGGGCAGAUUUGAUUUGAAUUUUUGGAGGCUCUGAUCUGGUAUCACUCAAAAUAAAGAGCUGUGGGAGACAUGAGCAGUUCGUACUUCUGAAAAUCAAGCGGCUUCUCUUUUACAUUUUGCUAUAGAAAGACCUGUAAGUAGCUGCUGAAAUAUUACUACCUUUGUUACUCAUUGUCUCUGUACUUGCCUCAACUUUGAAUCUCCUGAUUUCUGAACAACUAAUUAAAAAAAAAAAGCUGUGUGGAAGUAGGGCUUUGACACACACAAAGAUAAUCCCCAAAUAACACAGAUGUAUUUGGUUUAGAGCUGUCUGAAAAACUGAAGUUGUUGAAUUGAAAUACACAGUACUUCAACCAGCUCUGAUUUCUGCAUUUAUGCACGUUUAUAGUAUAAUGAAACUAAAAACUGUCUCACAUAGUCUCCUAUGCAUUUGCUAUGCCAUUUGAUCACAUACAGGUACAAAUCACAAUGGUGGCUUCUCUCUCCUCUUUGGAAAGGAGAACCCAAACAAACAUAUUCCACAUUACAUAUACAUACCACCUGAGAUAUUCUUCCAAAUGUAAAAAUACCCAAGACCUAUAUGACUUGCACCUUCUGAAGGUGCUGAGAUUACUGGGAAUUGAGGAUUGUCUCCAGAAGCUUCCCAUUGCUGCACACCUGCGACUGCGUAGGGCUGGAGGGGUUAGUAGGACUUGUUGCCAAAUAGGGUGCUAUACAAUGUAAAUAGUAUCAACAAACUCUGGCUCUUGCUGCUUAGGUAGAUGUUCUCCACUGUGCUUUUGAACUGUAAGUUCUGUUGAGCCUUGUCAAAUGACAGACUUAACUUAAAUCCUGUUUUACAGACUUUAACAGGCUCUUCCUUGUCUUUAUAAAUCCCAUCAGUGAUUCACUAUGUCAUUUCAUCUUUUAGAAAGAUCCAGGAGCACAGGAGUUCAACAGGAGCUAUUGAAUUAAAUGAAUGCAAAGUUCUCAAUAAGUAACCAGAAAAUGCAUUUCUCUAAAAAUGACUUCCAAAAGUAUGGUUUUCACAAUCAAGUCCCUGACUAUAUUGUGUGCAACAGACCAGAAAUUUCUCAGACGCUGCCUGAGCCAGGUGCAUCAAGAGAAAUUAGGCACUCAAAAGCCUUGUUAUGUGCUAAGGUUCAGUGUUUAUGGGUCACUGGUAUUCAUGUGGCCUUAACUCUUUAGCAUGGAACUGAACCCAGGUCUGUCAUAUUCCUGGCUGAGCGUUGAAAUUGUUGAACUUAUCAGUAAAAUGGUGGCUUCUUUCACAGCUGCCUUUGUAGAGAGUAUACGCACUUCAAUCAGACUGAGGCGAGAGGGAGUGCCUGUUCUAGGGAUUCUGAGGGAGCUUUUCUAUGUGACAGAUCUUGAGCUGGUCAGCAAGGCUAAGUCUCGGGCAGCAAGGCUCACAUCCAGCCUCAGAAACAUGGGGUCUGUCUCUGGAAAUGCAGCCAGAGGGGUGUUAAGCUGCUUGUAAGUUGUAGCAGGGGUUUUGUGAAUGAUACAGGACCAAGGGCUAGACACAGCAGGCAUCAAUGGUGGUGGGUAGGGAUGCUACCUUCUCCUUGUGCAUUGAAACCUCAGUGCGGAAGAGGCUCUUACUAUUAUAUUUUGAUUUAGGAAUGUAGAGGAACAAGGUUAAUGUGUUUAUUCAACAUGCCUGGUGGAAAUAUUUUAGGACUACUUUCUCUGUGUAACUAUCUUGACUGUUACCAGCUCCUUCAGUUAGAGUCCGCAUCAGCAUGAACGCAAUUUCCAUGCAUUGUUUCAGUCUGGAAAUGAAACAAUUUUCAUUAAUGGAAACCUGGUUCUCAAGCAGAACAAUUAGACCCACUUCAGGUUGAAAAAAGAUAAAAGCAUGUUAAUUUGGAUGGAGGACUCUUCUUUUAAGGCAGCCAAUUGAGUCAUCAGCCUGCCACCCACCUGACCGUCUGACAGGUAAUUAGGAGAUAGUCCUCUUUUUGUGUGGAGUGUGUGCGUAAACCUCCACAUGCUGGUGUCGCUGCCCAUUGGGGCUUCCAGAGGAAAGAGCUAGUCAGUGGCAAAAGAGUGAGGGGAGCAUGUUUAUCAGGCUGUGCCCAAUGAACUGACUUGCUUUUUUCCAUUUAGCUUAUGAUUUUUGUCUUCUAACUGCUACCUGAAGUUUCUAGCAGUAAAGUCGUCAUGGCCGACCUGGGCUGCAAAAAUCCCAGCGACUGCACCGUCUCCAGGCUACUCAGCGUAGUGGAAAGUGAACUCCGGGCUGGAAGAGACAAAGGUGACCCCACUGAGAAACAGCUCCAGGUUGUCUUAGAGGAUGCAACACUCUGGCAGAGAUUCAAGGAAGUCACUAAUGAGAUGAUCGUGACCAAGAACGGCAGGCGGAUGUUCCCUGUUUUGAAGAUCAGUGUGUCAGGGUUGGACCCAAAUGCCAUGUAUUCCUUCCUAUUGGACUUUGCCCCAACUGAUGGCCACCGCUGGAAGUACGUCAAUGGAGAAUGGGUGCCAGCUGGGAAACCAGAACCACCAAACCACAGCUGCGUCUACAUCCACCCAGACUCUCCCAACUUUGGGGCCCAUUGGAUGAAAGCUGCCAUUUCCUUCAGCAAAGUCAAACUUACCAACAAGCUCAGUGGAAGUGGGCAGAUAAUGUUGAACUCCCUGCAUAAAUAUGAGCCCCAGGUACACAUAGUUCGCGUAGGAGGUCCCCACCGGAUGGUGAUGAACUGUUCCUUCCCUGAGACACAGUUCAUAGCUGUGACUGCCUAUCAAAAUGAAGAGAUAACAGCUCUCAAAAUCAAGUAUAAUCCCUUUGCCAAAGCCUUCCUGGAUGCAAAAGAAAGAAACCAUCCCAAGGAUGCUCCAGAAACAGUCUCUGAAGGUCAACAUACAACAUAUUCUCACUUGGGUGGUUGGUUGAUUUCCAGCCCAGAUACAAUGUGUGCAUCAGGAAGCUCUAAUUACCAGUACACUGGACCUUUGCCUCUGCCAGCUCCACACGCUCCCCAUGGCUGUGAACGAUAUUCAGCACUGCGAGGGCAUCGGGCUGCUCCGUACCCACCUUCCUACAUGCAGAGAAAUCAUUCACCCACAGUUAAUUUGUUGGAGGGCUCCAGCAAUAAUCUUCAGGUAUUCUCAGGACAUGACAGCUGGACUUUGCCAUCCUCUCCACAUGCUAAUUUGCUUUCAGUGCCACACACGAAGGAAGCCGCCAGCCCUGGACCCAGCCACUAUCCUUGCCUGUGGACGGUGAGCAACACCACUGUUAAUGUCACCAACCCAGGAAGUGAGUUGAACAACAGCCCUUCAAGCAUGUUUCUAAGGAGUAAUGUCCCCUUACCCACUUCAUCAUCAGUCCAAAUCCCUCUGCAGAGAACGGUGUCUGGCAGCAUGGAAACACAAGGGGAAACCACUCUAGCCAGACUAGCGGACUCUGCAUGGACACCCUCACACUCUUUUUAAUGGACAGGCAGCUCACAAGGGAAGCUCAGACAAACAAUACUGACACAAAUGGCAAAUGACGCCCCAGAACUGCAGCUCAGCACAGCGAAUUGUACAUGCAAAUCUGAUUUCAUCAAACAUUACUUUUCAUAAUGUACCUCUUAUGUGCCAGAGAAGCCCAAAUGCAUAAUGCAAAGAUGUUAUGGGAGCCAGCUUAUUAUUGUAACCGUUAUGUGUCAUUCAGGAUGCCCAGAAGGAAUCUUUAUAAUUACUUUUGCUUCUGUAUCUCAUAAAAAAUAGUCAGAGACAUGGGACUGCAUGAGGCAGACAUGGCAGCUGGAUAUUUGAAUGUCAUUUUAGAAGUCCUUUCUGUAAAAUAACAGCCAACCUGAGAGGAAACUGUAAGCAAGUUUGCAACCAGUAAUUUGAAGUGACAGUGCUGCUUUAGAGACUUUCUGAAUUGGUCAUGUGAAAGUUUUCACAAUACCUGAAACUCAGCCUCCAAGGGAUGAAAUUAGUCUGAUACCAUAAUGUCACCUUCAUACAGUAUUCUUUGUCCCUUUCCCUUCUCAAGCUUCUGUUUGCUGUUUGUGAGCUAUAGGGAUAAUGGACACACUCACAAGCUAAGAAAGUGGCUGUAUUGUAGCAGCAGUGUGAAGGACAUCUAGUUUAGCAUUUAUAGCCUGAUGUGAUGGUCUUUGAAAUGAAAAGUUCCAAUGUUUUCUAUAUGUGCUAUUUUUGAAAGGGUGGAGGGAAAAAACCAGAAAAAAUAUUCAGCUUGCAUUUCCACUUUGCUUCAGGUCUGGAGUACAAAUAAAAUAUGAAUAAAUUGCUUAUUAUCUCCUCGGUGCCUUUCCAAGUUGUAAACGUGCAUACAGUUUUUUUCACAUAACAUACUCUGAGCAAUUUAAAGCAGCUCUUCCAGAAGCAAGACGGCAGAACAGGAAUUUUCUAUUCCUU